AUGAAAAAGAAGGUUUUCAGCUUCUGGCGUAGGAAGGUUGAGUCCCACAGCUGCGCCUCAGACCUACAGAUCGGUCCGGCUCAACCCGGCUACAACCUGCGAACUCGAGAUUUAAAGAAACUUCAUAAAGCUGUCUCAGUCGGGGAUUUGGAGAAGGUGCAGAAGUACCUUCAGCUCAAGAAACAUGAUGUGAACAUUCGGGACAAAGAACACAGAACACCUUUGCAUCUAGCCUGUGCUAGUGGAUAUCCAAAUAUUGUAUCUGUCUUAAUUGAGAAACAGUGCAAAAUAAAUGUCCAGGAUCGAGAAAACCGAUCUCCAUUGGAUGGAUAUACUCCACUUUUACUUGCUAUAACUGAAAAUAAUGCAGAAAUGGUAGAAUUUCUUCUGAAGAAAGGUGCAGAUGUGAAUGCUUCAGAUAACUCUCAAAGAACAGCCCUUAUGAUUGCUCUCAGUGAUGAACCAACAAAUUUAGUCAGUGUUAUCCUUCAGCAAGAUGUGGACCUGUCCUGCCAAGAUAUUAUGGAUUCACAGCUGAAGAAUAUGCUUCUUUUAAUGGUUUUACUAUGUAAAUAUCAUCAAUUAAUGGCUAAUUAUGGAAAGGAGAAGAAAAUUAAAAAGACAUCUUACUCUGAAAGUACAACUUUGAGCACUAUGUGGGGUCUAAAAGAACUGGAGGAAGUUUAUAUUGGAGUUAUGCCUAGCCUGUGUUUGGCAGUCAUGGAAUCCCAAUACGGUGCUGUAGGAUAA